AGUCUAAUUGUUUGACAGGAGCAAAAGUGAAAGCUGCAAUUAUAUCAAUAAUGAAUUUAUUGAAAGAAGUUGGUAAAUCAAAUACCACAAGCGAUAUGAUUGUGAAUUAUAACGGAAGGAGAAAUGUCUAUUUGAAUAUGCUGUACCAAAACUUUACGCACAUAGGCUGCGCAAUGUCUCAUUAUUUUGGAUACAAACAGUCAACAGACCCGCUCCCGCGAAAACACGAUGUAUUUGUCCUACAACUGGUCUGCAAUCUGUCACAUAAGCUUGUUCCCGGCUACAGGGUCUACGAUACCGCUGAGUCGGAGAACACGACGACAACAACAACAACCACAACAACAACUACAACAACAACUACAACUACAACUACAACUACAACUAGACGUACUCCACCCUCAACCACCAGACCUGGAGCUGGUGGAAAUCCUGGAGAUUCUGAUGGAGGUGGCGGAAAUCGUGGAGAUUCUGAUGAAGGUGGUGGAAAUCGUGGAGAUUCUGAUAACAGUAAGUAA